AACUAAAUCUAUACGUGAGCUGCGCGUCAUCCUCUGCAGAACUGAGCGUCGUCAUUUAUUCAAGCGUGAGAGGGAAAACACUUCACAGCUACAGCAUCCGCGAACAGAGGCUCAGAACAGCAGCGUCUCGGCAGUGUCUGGGCUCGGUAUGAGAGGCAUUAAAUAAUGUGUCACAUCCACAAGUAGGACAUCACUAAAUCAGAUUGUGACUACUGGAUCCUUCAACUAUUAUUGGUUUCAUGGAAUCCCGAUCUGCUUUCCUUCAUCCCCCUGAAAAUAAUGAGCCCAAGGUAUGCUGGGAAUCUGAGUCCCAGCACAGAAAGGGAAACCACUCUCCUGGAACCAGGACAAGACUUGUAAAGAAUCAUGGGAUUGAAGUACAAGCUAAAGAGCAGGAGGAGAGAUCCACCUCCAGGGAAUCCGCCGGCCAUGUGAAAACACUAAAACACAAUGCAUUAGCCGCCACUGCCAUUCCAGCCGCAGAACUGCUACCCGCAUCCACAGCUGCAUCAAAAAUACCCACCAUGCACUCAGCGACAACCAAGCAGGUCACUGCGGGAAUAGCCAGUGCAACUGCUACGACUAAAACAGCAUCGAAAAAAACAAUCAAAACAACUGCACUUGGAGUGGAGGUCUUAAGUUUAUCUAGCCAAACUGGACACAGUGGGACAAAACCAAGAUCCCCAAAUGUGAGCCAUGAGAAGAAGCUACAAUCAAGUGCAAAAGCAUUUCCCAAUAACAUGCAAAAAACUGCCUCAGCAUCUCAUAUCAUGGGCUCCACAGACUCCCCACAAAAGACGCUUCAAAAAACAUCAUCUGCUUCCCAGAUUUCCUCAACCGACUCUUCCAAGAGUCUCAGCCGGACUCUCUUGCACAUUCCCAGAGCUACGUCCAGCCCCAAACUUAAACCACCCCAUCCUUCAUCUCUCAAAGUGGACAAAACAGAGCGGAAUUGAAGAGUCACGAGCAAAGAGGCACUGCUGUCGACUUCUUCUCCAAAAGAUAAAAUGAUUGACACGUUGGUGGAGAGCAACCUGCAACUGGGGAUGAAAGCAGCAAUGGGGGAGAGUCCUCAGGAGCAAGAGAUAAAGAGCGGGAACGAGAGAGAAGCAGAGAUGCUAAGAAAAAAAAUAAAAGACACCGUCCUUCAGGGACACAGUCUUGGAGGAAGUGACGUCAUCUCAAAAUUGGUUGGUUGGCUGAAAGAGCCAGAAGACAAGACUGACGCAUAUGUCACGACCCAAGAGAGACACGCGGGAAAGAGUCAGAGGCUCUGGGAAAAGAAGGGAAGGGAGGAAGCAGAGAGCGAGGAGAGGAGGAACACAGGAGAGAUAAAGGGGGAAGCUGACGUUAAGAAUGUCAAAAUGGCGACUGAGCUCAAGAAGGAUACUGUAAUGAAUGAAAAGAAUAUGAUUCCGACACUCAAGAACUUGAAGGAUGCAGUGACAAUGACAGUCGGAGGUUUCCCGGUGACCGAGAUGAAGGAUGCAGCACUGCAGGUGGAUCUGAAACUGGUGUAUGUUGAUGUCGAGGUCCAGGCGGUUGUGGAGGUCUGCAGCAGAUCCACAGUCACGAGCCCAGUCCACAACAUUCAACCUUGUCAUUUGAACCAUGAGAUUGACCUCAACUCUAAAGCUGGCCUUCACAAUGAGCUCAACCUUGAGAGCAACUCGGACUCUGAUUGGUUACAGACUGUUGCUUUACCGGACCCCAAACCAACAGGAGCCAAGCCUAGAUUUCUAGGUCCACCCCCAUACAAGUCUCCCAAUAGCCAGAAACCACUUCAACACAUCUGUCAAAUAGAGAUUGAGCUUCGUAGCCAGUUUCCACAACAUCUCGGUUCGGUCCCCCCUCAAGUAACCAUCAGUGAAUUUGACUCAACUUUUCAAGUGUUGCCCGAGGUGGCGGAGAAGACCUCUGGGGACUCCUUGAAGCCACUCAACUCUGGGGGAACAGCAGGGGUGGAAGGAGAAAAGGAGGAGAGCGGUGCACCUCAGGAGAUCGUCUGGGAUGAGCAGGGAAUGACGUGGGAAGUCUAUGGAGCAUCACUGGAUAUGGAGUCCCUGGGAUUUGCCAUCCAGAACCACCUGCAGUGUAAGAUCCGUGAACAUGAGCGUCGUAUCGGCACGCUCCGAAAGUCUAUAUGCCUCUCUGAACAAUCGCCCGGAAAGGGCAGGACAGGAAAGAAGAAGAGGAAUGUCUUUAGGUCGCUGUUUGCUGGAUCUAAGUGCUGCUCAAAACCACGACCCAAAGACGAAGCAGAAAAGUGACUCAUUGUUAUGUAAAUGUAUUUUGUAGAUGUGCUACACUGGAAAAUGUAUAGCAAAAAUGUUUUUAAAAAAUAUGUAGCCUACUGUUGCUUCAUGGAAGUGUUAGACCAGGAGUCACCAGACUCGCUCCUGGAGGGCCAGUGUCCUGCAGAGUUUAGCUCAAACACACCUGAACCAGCUAAUCAAGGUCUUACUAGGCAUACUAGAAACUUCCAGGCAGGUGUGUUGAGGCAAGUUGGAGCUGAACUCUGUAGGACACCGGCCCUCCAGGACCAAGUUUGGGCACCCCUUUUUAAAACCAUGUUCAGAAUUUGAAGGUUCUGAAAUUAUUUCUUGCCCAUGGCCUUGUCCCAAAUGGUAAGCUUGAUGUGAUGUCUCAUGGCCUACGCUUGUUCUUGACUAUGAAGUGCAUGAGACUAGAGUGUCCAAUGAAGAGAGGUGCCACGUUUGGCCAUACUGGUACAGACUACUACCCAACCGUCAACCUUUCAGGUUUUGGAAGUCUGGAAGGUUCUUACACGUCUCUUACAGGGUAGUUCACUCAAAAAUGAACUUUCUAUCAUCAUUUACUCAUGUUGUUCCAAUCCUUGUGUGACUUUUUUUAUUUUAUUAACCCCUAAAGAAAAAUGUUCUGAAGAACAUUGGGUACCAAAAAACUUUGGACCCCAUUGACUUCUACUGCAUGCUCAAAAUGACCCUGAGGCAUUUCUUAAAAGAAACUAAUAGAGUUUUGGACAUACAUGAUUGCAUUUAAGGGUGAACUAUCCUUUUAAGAUUAAUUUCCUGCCCCAUCAAACACCAACUUGUACACAUUAUUUUGGAUUAGCAUGUUCACACUAUUGAAAUGCAGAGUGGAAAUUGCAGUUUUAACAUUUAAAAGUCCAACAUCCAACUUCUUGGAAUGUUGGUAUUCGUUGAGGCCAUGUGAACUAGCUUAGUUAAUGCAUUCACUUAAACAUUAAUCGACAAGCGAAUUGUUCACUUUUAUGUAACUAUUGAAAGUUCAAUGACAUUUUUUUCAUUUUUGUACAGGCAAAAAUUGUCUAGUCUUCACUCUUAGUACUAACUUGUGUAAAACUGAAUGUCAUUCUAUUUAUUUCAAAAAUGAAGUUUUGUAUCACUUUUGUUUGAGAACUGGUUUGACAACAGUUUCUGUAUUACACUGUUUUUAGGAGCCUUGUAGGUUUUGUCAGAACAGCUAAUGACUUUCUAAAUGUGAGCACUGGUCAUGUUCAGUCACUGUGAACACUCACUUGCACACCUGAGCAACUUCAAGCACUGGUAGUUGUUGUUAAUGCUGGCAGAUGUUAAUCCCAUUGGUUGCUUUAUCACUGCAAAAAUGCUGUCAGUGCGAGCGUCCUUUAGAGGUACACAAUGUUGGGCUGAUAACCACCGUAGAGCACUUUAAUGGAUUAAAAUAGUGUUUGUGAUGUUCUA